UUUAAAUAAAAUUUAAUGCACACAGGUGAAAAGCAUAUAUUUUAAAAACCUUAGGUAGACUGUGCAAUGUGUGUAUGUAUGUGUACUGAGAUUUGUAAAUAAGAUAAGGGGCUUAUCUCGUUCGACUUAACAGGAAGCACUAAACAUAGGUAGCAUGGCGAACUUACCAAGUACUUACAAAAAGAUUGUUGCUGUCAAGUUUGGGACAAAUUUUCGGGAUGUGACUAAAGUAGUUGAUGCGCCCAUGCCAGUUCCAGAAGAAGGUCAAGUCCUUGUUAAAAAUAGAUUUGUAGGUAUAAAUGCGUCAGAUGUUAAUUUUACUGCUGGAAAGUAUGACCCCAAUGCUAAGCCACCUUUUGAUUGUGGAUUUGAGGGUCUUGGAGAAGUUAUUGCCGUUGGACCGGGCACAUCAAUUGCAGUUGGCACACCAGUUAUGUAUAUUGGCUAUGGAGCUUUCAGUGAAUACAAGGUAGUACCAAUUAACAGAUUAACAAAAGUAAAGAAAAUAGCUCCUGAGUAUAUUCCAUGUCAAGUUAGUGCAGGAACGGCUGCCAUCUCAUUGGAUAAGCUUGCCGAUUUAAAGAGUGGAGAAACGGUAUUUGUUUCUGCUGCGGCGGGUGGUACAGGACAAUUUGCUGUGCAGUGGGCCAAAAAAGCCGGUUGUCACGUAAUAGGUACUUGUUCCUCACAGGAAAAGGCUAAUUUUUUAAAAACCCUUGGUUGUGAUAGAACAAUUAACUACAAAACAGAAAAUAUAAAUGAAGUCCUGAAAGCUGAGUAUCCGAAUGGUUUGGACGUUGUGUACGAAUCAGUUGGCGGUGAAAUGUUUGAAACCUGUUUUAAUAAUUUGAAAGUGAGAGGUCGGUUGGUGAUUAUUGGUUUCAUAAGCAAGUACGUAACAGAUACCUCGUCACAAGUGAUGCCUUUCUUUGAAUCAUUACCUCAAAAGGUGCUGACAAAGUCUUUAAGUGUUCGGGGAUUUUUCCUUCCUCAUUAUCCUGUUGAAAUGUUCACAUUUCCUGGAAAGAUUGCUGAGAUGUACAACAAUGGUCAAAUAAAAAGUUUGGUGGACACCGGUAAAAACUUACCUAAUGGACCCUUUGUGGGUAUUGAUAAAGUAGCCGACGCUGUUGAGUAUUUAUACACAGGGAAGAGUCUUGGGAAAAUAGUGGUGGAAAUAAAGUAGAUUUGAAUAUUGUAAUUUAAACUGAAAAAAGUCUGUGUGCAUCUUCAACAAUGGACACUUUCGAACAUCGUAGACUAGAAUAAAAUUCAUGACAAAAAUCUUUUUUUAUCUUGUAUUGCUGAUAUUUAUUUUCUAAUUACACUUUCUUUCUA